ACACAUCUUAGAUACGAAACUCUUUCCUCAAAUUGAUAUACUUGCCGGAAACUACUACUUUCACUUUCAUGUUCACCUGUACACAAGCUGAGCUGAUGAUUUUUUAAAAAAUGUACUAGAACUUAGAAGCAACGGCAUAAUAAGAGAAGCCAACAAAUGACAAAUGGCUGACAAUAAGUACACCAAAAGGCGAUUGCAACUGAAGCAAAAUUUGUUCAAGUUACUGAAGGAAAGAGAACCUGAUGGAAUCCCGAAAGCGCACUUGUGGAAUAUUUACACUAGCAAAGUGGAGAAGGUCAGUGCUGCGUUUUAUGGCACUGGGAAAAUGCACAACCUUCUGGGAGAAUUUGAUGACAUGAUUUAUGAAGUGAUGGAGAAAGGGCGACCCACAAUACGUCUGAUUGAGGGCUACACUCCUGAUGAGGAGGGAUCCCCCGAUGUCCAGAUAGCCAAAGUGUCGUCAUCAGAGUUGGAGGAUAAUCACACAGAGCCAAAGUCUGUGAACAAAAGUAGGGAUGUAGAUGAUAAAAAGAGAUCUUCAGCAGAGAUUCUUUACCAGAGAUCACAAGGAAUCAGUGAUCUCCCAACAGCACCCAUUCCUCAGCAACCAUUACCAAGUCAAAGCCUCGCCCAUUCCAUGGCACAGUCAUCAUUUAGCCUCCCUGUACAACAGCAGUUGCCACCCCCGCUGUCUCUAACAUUCCAGAAGCCACGGCAGCUAAUGAUGGGAGCUGUAGCACAACCACAAGUAAACACACUUCAGAACAGCGUUACUAGGGCCGUCAAUCAGUUUCUGGUCCAGGCUAGGCAGACCGACUCAGCGGGCAAAGUUCCAGAGGAUCCUUGUGUAGUGUCCUCCAGCAGUGAAUCCGACAGCGACUCAGACAGUGAAGAGUCUGAAGACUCUCCAAAUCUUCAAACUUCCACUGUUAGAAAGAAACAGGAUGAUCAUAGACUUAAAAUAGAGCAGGAACGACUCCUUGUUAAAAAUAAUAUUAUGAAAUUGUUGAACUCUCACCCAGAUGGUAUCAAAAAGACUGAGAUUUGGAGAUUUUAUUCUAAAGAAUUCAAGCAUCAACCAAACAAGGCAAAAGUUGGACUUUCAAAACUCACAAAUCUGUUAGGUUAUUUCAGUGAUGUAAUAGAAGAAUUUCAGAAUGAACAUGGAAUUCCCUACAUCAGAAGAGCACCAAGACUUAGUGUUUCCAGGAAUCGAUUGACCUCUGGGUCAUCAGGGAGAAGCACCCCAGUGAUAGACCUGACAAAGGAUGAGCCAGUCCCAAAAUGUGGCAGUCUGGUGGACCUGACGGAAGACCAGGGUCCCUCUGGUUUCAUCCCUCUUUCAUCUGCUCAACCUACACAGAGAAGACUUACUCACCCAGGAGACUUUCAGGUCCAGUCUGCAUACUCUCAACUUCAGCAGACACCAGGAUUUAUUCCCACAAGUGGUCCUCCACAUGAUUCUUCUCUGGCAGUGUGCCAGCUAGUGAUCAGACCAGUCAGUCUCAGGAAGUUUGAACAAAAGGAAACUCACCUGUCAAAAGUAUGGAAUAAUGAUAGGUAUGGCCGGUUCUCUCAGAGCCAGAUUGAAAUGGUCGCAAAGGAGUGCAUUGAGGCCCUAGCAGAAGCAGACGAACAUGUGAGUGUGGAGAGAGUGGAAAGUUUGAUGCUGCAAAGGCUUGGAAGAAGAUACAUAGCAGAAUUGGGUCACUGGCGUUAUGCCAACCAAAUACCCUGUCUUUUUGAACAUAACAGAAUGCUAUGCAAGAUCAAUGCAUAUAUCCAGGCCUUCCUGAAUACACGAGCUAUUUGUACUCUUCAUGAACUGAAGAUAUGCAUGGCUGAAUUUGCUCCAGAUAAAGACAGCUUUGAAGCUUUACAAGUUGGUCCCCUACAGAGACUUCCACUUAUAUAUAACAGCUUCAAGUUUCCAACAGACAUGGCCGAUAUUCCAGAAAUCACAACCUCUGAUAUUUUCGAGAAUUUGCGACAUUACUUGAACAAGUAUCAGAAGUGGUGUACCAGAAUGGAGAUGGAGCAUUUCAUGGAAUACUUAGUGGAGACAUAUCAAGUGGAGAAUGCCUACAUUCUUGGGGUUAGAAUCCGUAGUCUGCCGUUGGCUGUGCAGGUAUUGAAGAAAUCUCGGCGAGAUGCUGCUGGAACACGAAGAAAAGUAACGGAAGACACAAAGGAAGCACUGAAACAGGAGGUUGAGCAGCUGUUCAACAGAUUCAAGGCUGUACUGAUGAACAAAAGAGGAGAUGGACAAGGGCAGAUUAGGGAGCAUUAUCUAAAGAUGAGGCCCGUGGAGGCUCUGAGGGAAAUCUUUGAUAAAUACCACACUCUCUGCUGUUCGGUGGCGGCCCCUUCAUCUCGGAUGGAGAUGCGAAACUUCACCAGGUUUACAGACACCAUUAAUGGCUUCUUGCAGGCAGUCACCUCGGAUAGCUUCGGCCGUAACCUGUUUCACAUCGCCAUCUGUAUCAGUCAGACAGAAGUAGAGGCUGUUCACAGACAGUUCUUGACUGAGGCGACUAAGCCGAAGGAGGUACCUGUUACUGUGAAAAAGAAACCUCCACCUACAAAAGAAUCUGUUGUCAGACUCCUGAAGACUUACCUUGACAAAUGUCAGAGCCAUGGUGUGCUUACACUGAAAACUUUGGAUCACAUUGAGGAGAGAAUGGUGGACCAUUUUGAAUUUGAUUCAUUUUUGGCUAUGGGAUAUGGACGCUUCUUAGAAUUUCUUCAGAAGGAGGCCAAACAAGUAAUAUUUUGUAACAUGAUAAUACCCACAAUGCUGUUUAGUCAAAAGUGUAUGGUAGGGAAGUCUCAAAAGACUGUGUGCCAGGUAUGGUGGGGAAGUCUCAAAAGACUGUGUGCCAGGUAUGGUGGGGAAGUCUCAAAAGACUGUGUGCCAGGAGCACCAUCUGGUUGUCCCGGGGAGGCCGCUGUUCACUUUGUUCGGGACUGCUUGUUAACUUUACCUGUUAAAACCUGUGCGAUCCUGGCUUCUCAGAUGUUCCUGGAACCGCUAGGCCAGGUAAUCGGACAAUCCAAAUCAAAGACCAUGCUUCUCCAGUCAUGUGUAACUGUGUCUCAAUUAAACCGUCUGCAGCAGCUGGGCUGUCUGUUGGGUGUAGCUGAGUGGAUGGACAGUAUUCAAGGCCGAUGUCGACCAACACCCACUUCUCUAGAGGAGGUGGCUCCAGAGUUUGCAGAGGAGUUCUUCAAAGAUGAACCUGAGAUUAUAGAGGACAGUGAGGAUGAGGACAAUUCAUUAACCUCGUACUUAUCAGAUGUGGAGGUUGAGGCAGAGUUCAACGUUCAGGAGGAGGAAGAGAUGAUUGUCGUUGAUGAGUGUGCAGAGCUUGAGGAGGAUAAGGAAAAGAAAGAGUCCAGCAUUGAUCUCACGUUAAAGCCAGACAGUCCUAUUGACCUUCUCUCGCCUGAGGACAAUGAAAGCAAGAUGCCAUCAUCAGUAACCAUGGAUACAGACUUAGAGCAGGCUUGUCGGGAGAUUGUGGACCGGAUUAGACGGGACGAGUUUGGGAUUGGAGUGGAGCUGAAUGAAGAUGGACAGCGGCUGAUGAGAGUCCAGCAAGAGAGGCUUGGCCGAAGUCUGGACAGGCUGUCCAAAGACCUGUACAGCAAGGACACACACUUUGUACUUGAGCUGAUACAGAAUGCUGACGACAACAGCUACCCAGAUGACUUACAGAAGAAUGACUGUCCGUCUGUCCAGUUUGUCAUGAGGCUGGACGGGGUGGUGGUCCUGAACAAUGAGAAUGGAUUCCGAGAAAAGGACAUUCGUGCUCUCUGUGACGUGGGAAGAAGUACCAAGGGAAAGCACAAGGCAGGGUAUAUUGGUCAGAAAGGCAUAGGAUUUAAGUCCGUUUUCCGAGUGACGGAUGGACCAGAAGUCCAUUCUAAUGGUUUUCACAUCAAGUUUGAUGUUCAGUCAGGACCGACGGGGUACAUCCUGCCUCACUGGGUGGAUGAGGACCGGUGGGAGGAAAAUGAGGGCUGGACGACAAAGAUUGUGCUCCCCCUGAAGGAAUCCAUGAAGUCCCAAACAACCACCCUGGCAGCCCGAUUCAACGACAUCCAUCCGUCCCUGCUGCUGUUCCUGAACCGUCUGCGACAUAUCACCAUCGAGAACCGAGUGGAGAAUUUUGUACAGGAAAUACACAGGAGAGACCCUGGAGAGAAUGUGGUGGAGAUCACCCAUAGCAACAAGGUGGACCGAUGGCUAGUGGUCAAGAAACGGCUGGAUGCCUCCAAAAUAUCAUUGCAGGCCAAAUCAGGUGUAGAGGUGGAGUCCACAGAGAUUGCCCUGGCUUUUCCGCUCCGACCAGCAGGACAGAAGAAAGACAGCAAGUUUGUUCCGCCAAAGCAACCAGUGUUUGCCUUUCUUCCUCUCAGGAGUUAUGGAUUCCGGUUUAUCAUUCAAGGUGAUUUUGAUGUUCCGUCCAGUCGUGAGGAUGUGGACAGAGACAGUCUGUGGAACCAGUGGCUACGUAAUGAAAUCCACGUCCUCUUUAUAGAAGCUCUGGAUACAUUCAAAAGUCAUGGAGACUUCACUAACAUGGAGGCUGUGUCCGCCUUCCUGCAGUUUGUUCCUGUUGAGGAUGAAAUCAUUGAUUUCUUCAGACCAGUGGCCAAUCAGAUUCUACAGAAACUUCGAGCCAAGCAGUGCAUCCCUACUCAACCCAACCAAAAAGGCCAGUGUUCAUGGAAAAUUCCAUCUCAGACAGUUAUAGUGAAGGACCCGCGAAUCCUGGAGGUUGUGACCUCUGACCUUCUGAAGGAGACUCUUAAUCUUUUCUAUCUCCACCGUGACGUGGCAUCCAUGUUAAAUUCUACCCUGACCCAAAGUCUGGGUAUAGAAGCUUUAAAUACAGAGCACCUUCUUCUGAUUGGGAAAUCCUUACUGCAGCAGUGGUCAUCCAGCCCUGAAAAUGAAAACAGAGAUAAUGAUAUCCUUGUGACUGCUAAGUGGAUGGCUUGUGUGUACAGAAGUCUGGAUGAGUUUUCAGACAACCAGUCCAUUUACGACAAACUGAAGGCCAUGAAGAUCAUUCCAUUGGCGACUUAUCAGAGACAGUCUACAAACAACAGCACCAUCUUUUUCCCUCUGUCUGAAAACACUGGGUUUAGUUAUAAUGACCCUAUGACAGUGCUACAGCAGGAUUUGAACACAGUCCACCCACUUUUGGUUUCUACUACUGACAAUGAGGUGAACUCGCAGGUCCAGAAGUUGUUAGAGAAGAUUGGAGUGUGUCAUCUAUCUCCUCGCGAGGUCAUCUGUCACCACAUCAUUCCUACUCUCCAGUCCGACUCGUGGAAGGAUAAGAAGGAGAAUAUUUUAAUCAGUUAUAUAGUGUACAUAAAGGAACAGACAGACCUUGAUCCAUCACUCAUUAAUAUGGAGGAGCUGGGAAAGUCAGCCAUAUUGAAAACCAACAAAGGUCUGCAGAAUCCCUCCCAGGUCCCCGUACAUUUCCCACCAGAUUACAAAAAUGCCAUCAAUCUACAGGCUGAGUUACCAGGAUACGACUGGAUUUUGCUGGAUUCAAUUUACCUCCAGAACAAACGAAAUCCUGUUGAAAUCCAGAAAUGGCAGGUUUUUUUCACCAAAAUUGGAGUGACGGAUUUUGUAGAAGUAAAACAGAUGAGGGUGGAGAUCUCAGCAGAAAACAUUAAUUCAACUCCUUGGGCUCCACUGGGUGAAAUACUUGGUGCCAUCCAAGAGGGAAGUUACAUUGAAGACUGGUCCUCCACAGAGCUGAGAGAACUCAUCCAAAACAAUGGCCAACCAUCCUCAUAUUCCCAGCAGAUGAGGAUCCUCUCUGUCCUUCUGGCAGAGAAGUGGGAUAGACACUUCUCAAACUACACCUCCACUUGCCUGUACAACAAAUCAGGAGGACGUUGUCAAGAUGUGGAGACAUCCUUCAGCAUACUUCUGAAAACCUCCAGUUGGUUGCCAGGAUUACAGACAUGUGUAACUGUGGAGAACGAGAUGAUAUCUGUGACGGAGAAGGUGCUGAUGAUGCAGCCAUCUUGUUUGUAUGCUCCUCUGCCAGAGAUAAUGGACCUGCUGGCUCACUCUGUGCUUUAUCUAGGCAUUCAGAUGCCACCUGGAAGUUCGUUUGGACAGUUUUUAGGAAUUAAACAUCGUGUAGGACUUCAGGAUUUAAAGAAAUGCUUGAUCGAGUGGGGCAACAGAGAGUCAGAGGAAAUGCCCAAAAUAUUUGUCACCACUCAAAAACACAUCUUUAAUGUAUAUCACUGGCUUAAUAACCAGCUUCCUCCAGUAGAAACCACGGAACUCUUCCAAAACCACCCAGUCAUCUUUGUGCCAGGUAAACCCUUGCCAGUAAGGAUCGAAUCUGGUUCUGUGAACCAGAGGUCAUUGAAUAGUCUAGAAGCUGGUAGAAUGCUAACCAACAAAGAGGUGUGGUGGUCAGAUCCUACUGGAUUGAUAUUGAAGCACAGCAACAUCAUUGAAGAUUACCAUUUAGAGCUAGCUAAGAAAGCUCUUCUUUUUGACACUUAUGGACAAAUGUUUGAUCUCAAAGUAAUGUUUGUGAAUGCUGGGAAAAUCUUCAAAGAACCCAGUAUGUUUGAGUAUUGUGAGUUACUCGUUUUGAUGGGACAAGUUCUCAGUCUGUCUGAUAGAUCAGUUUUAUCUGAUGCUCUACAGUUGUAUGCUACCAUUGGGGGGAAACUAAAACCAGAGGAAUCCCAAGUGAUGUCUUAUCAGACGAAGCAGAAUUAUCAGACAAAGCAGAAUGUCCUCAAGAUACAGAGAGAAGCACUGAGAAAGAAACUUGAAGGGCAGAAGAUUCUUGCCACGAUCAACAAUAAAUGGGUGGGGGUGGAGGAGAACCCCAUGAUAGCAGACAACAGGGAACUAGAGAAAAUGUUUGAGAAGAAAGACCAAGUCAACUUUGUUAUCAUGGAGGAUAAAACUCCACAGCCCAGACGUGGAGGAAAAGCAGUUUUAGACCGAAACUUGGGAGAACAACUUUUGCCAUUCUAUGAAUUCUGUUCUGUGAAGAAGCUGUCAGAAUGUGUAGAUGUUCAGGAAAUUUCUGAGAUGUUUGAGCCCUGCCCAGACCUGCAGUUAUACAUACAUGUAACAGUGCCAUUGUUACAGAGAUACCUCUAUAAGUUUCAGCCUGACAAUUACCAGGACCUUCAGAACCAGAACUUCCCACAGCGACUGGCAUCGUUGCAGUUCUUCAAGGUAAAAACCCUGGAGGUGAAGUAUUCAUUAAAACACAGCCCUGAUGUCUUUGUCCUGAGAAAGGAGAAAUGUGUGCAGAAGGAAAAUGCUUUUUAUUUCCAUCGAGAUCACACAGAGUCUUAUCCAGACAUUAACAAAGAAAUCGCCAAAUUCUUCUCGAACUCAAAUGACAGGUGCUCCAAAGAUCUGAGGGCUUUUCUGAAUGAUCUAAUCACACCAAUUACCAAGGAACCACAUACUCUAGAGGAUGUGAUGGAACAGAAUGACUGUGACCCGCUCCCAUCAGGUGAACAAGCCUGGUUUGUCCCUCGACCAAUUUUACCAACUUUCCAAAGGCCAGUUGAACCAGAAAUUGAAGCAUGGCCUAAGGAACCAGAUUCAGGAGGAAUAAGAACAGCAAACCAGACAGAGGAAGGAAAUCAGGGACUAAAAGCAUGGCCACCAAUGUCGAACACCCAGGGGACAACUCAAAACAAAGUUCGUAAGGAGAGAGAAGAAAAAGUUGCUGAUUCUAAAGUUUGGCCUCCACCCAAAGCCCCAGAUUACAUGAAGAGUGUGAGGGAACUGCCCAGUCAGUUUAAGGUCACAGGUGAAUGGAAGCCACCUGGUGGUGAGGAAAGUUCUGAGGCAAGCAAGGGAGAUCACUCCUCAGGAGGAAGAGGAGGGAUCACUGUACAUGAGAGGACUGAGGGACAGCCCUACAACAGACGGGAGAGUAAUGAGGAGGGCCCAGGAGCUGUAUAUGGGAGGCAAGACAGUGAAGGAAAAGGCACAAAGAGAAAGAUAUCGGAAAAUGAGACAGAGUCUUCAGGAGAGAAUAAAAGAUCUGUUCCACGGGAGGAGAGAGAGGAAGGACAGGAGGCUGCAGGUUUCAAAACAGAGGGAGCCCACCACUCAACAGUGCCAUCUAGUGGUGAUGACAUAACAAGGGAAAGGGGAACUCAUCCAAAAGAAUCCUUUACAAAUAGUGAAGAGAAGGGUCAUUGGCAGGGAGAUCAGGAACAUCACGAAAAUAUGGAUAAUGUUGGGAAUGAGGAAAUCCGUAAGCCAAGUGGAAAACGGAGGCAUCCAACUGACAGCAGCCAAGGGUCGUCCCACAUCCCGGAGUCCAAGAGAAUCCUGAUGGAUCAUCCAGCUUGGACGGGGUUGGCGAGUGAUUACACUUUUGAAGAGUUAGGACAAGGUUCCAAUCUCAAGGCUGUACCAGACAUAUCUCUAGACCUUGACCAGGACGAGUCAAACUUACAAGAAAUAGGUCGGUGGGGUGAACACCUUGUCCACCAGUAUCUCUUACGCCAGCAGGAGGUGGAUCCGAGUAUUAUUGAAAUCAAGUGGUGUAACAAAGAGAAUGAGCAAGGAACGCCGUAUGACUUUGAAUUAUCUCAUAGGAGAGACACUCAAGUGAUCAAAACCUUUAUUGAGGUCAAGGCUACCUUGACUGAUGACAAAGACGUGUUUGAGAUUUCCUCUCAAGAGAUUCAGUUUGCGCAGCAGCACCGUGAAAACUUUCAGAUCUACCGUGUGUUUAAUGCCGGUGACCUGGAACGAGUGCGAUUAGUCAGGAUUGACAACCUGUGUCUGAGGCUGGACCAAAAGCAGGUCCAGUUAUGGAUGAUGAUUUAAUUAAAACUGGGAGAGUGGUCAGUGAGGAAUGGAAGAAUGGUCAGUUGGAUAUGAGAGAGUGGUCAGUUGGAAUCUAACCUCUUCCCGAUUCUGGAUGUGAAUUUGAUCAGAAGACAGAAGUGUUUCUUCUAAACACAUUUACCAUAGACUCACCAUUCAUGGGUUUGAAUCUGGCAAUAGCAGCUUCGUUGAUGUUGAUUUCUAUAUUCUUUUUAGCUCAAGUGAGCUUUUCUGAUCAAAAUUUAUCCGUUGUCUGUCGGCGGCGGCGGUGUCAUUGUUGUAAACUUUUCACAUUUACAUCUUCUUCUCCAAAACCACUGAAUCAAUUUCAACCAAACUUGGCACAAAGCAUUUUUGGGUAAAAGGCUUUCAAGUUUGUUCAAAUGAAGGGCCAUGUCUCCUUCAAAGGGGAGAUAAUCACAAAAAUGCAAAAUUAGUAGAGUAGAGUCAUUUAAAAAUCUUCUACUUAAGAACCACUGGGCUAGAGGAGCUGACAUUUAUAUGAAAGCUUCUUGACAUAGUGCAGAUUCAAAUUUGUACAAAUCAUGGCCCCCGGGGGUAGGAAGGGGCCACAAUAGGGGAUCAAAGUUUUACCUACAAAUAUAUAGGGAGAGAAUCUUUAAAAAUCCUCUUCUCAAGAACCACUGGGCUAGGAAAGUAAAAAUUUCAUGAAAGCUUCCUGACAUAGUGCAGAUUCAAGUUUGGUAAAAUCAUGGUCCCCGGAGGUAGGAUGGGGCCACAAUAGGGGAUCAAAGUUUUACAUUUAAUAAGGGAAGAUCAUUAAAAAUCUUCUGAAGAAUCACUGGGCCAGAGAAGUUUACAUUUACAUGAAAGCUUCCUGACAUAAUGCAUUUUCAAGUUUGUAAAAAUCAUGGCCUCUGGGGGUAGGUUGGGACCACAAUAGGGAUCAAAGUUAUACAUGCAAAUAUGUAUGGAAAUUCUUUAGAUAUGGUCAUGGUGACUCAGGUGAGUGAUGUGGCCCAUGGGCCUCUUGUUUCCUAUUAGAAUUCCUUUAAUUUGCAAUGUUUUAAUCAGGGGCUUUUAGUAUAAUCAUUCAUUGAUGUUUAUCAACAAUUGUGGUUUCAUUAAAUUUCAUGGAUACUGUUCAUAAAUUUGUUAUUUCAUAGGUACUGUUUGUAAAUUUGUUAUUUCAUAGGUACUGUUUGUAAAUUUGUUAUUUCAUAAGUAACUGUUUUGUAAUGGUACUUUUUUUAUUUUUUCUUCAAAGGUACUGUUUUGUAAAUAGGUUAUUUUUACUUUAUUUUCUUCCUUAAAGAGCAAAUUUUGUGUUUUUUCAAUGACUUCAUUUUGUGGACUGACCACAAUCAUGAAAAAAAAAAAAACACCUGAAAUUUGUAUCUAACAAAAAUAUUGAAACCACAGUAUUUUUCCAUGUAAUGCUAUAAUCAUUUUUUUUUUUACAGUUGGGUAUUUUAGUAAGUUUUUUAAAUUGCAUUUGGCUCAUUUGUGUCAAGAGGCAGAAGUGAGUUUUUCUGAUUAGUAUUUGUCCAUUUUCUGUCAUCAUUUUCAUUAUAAACCUGAACCACUGGGCCAGUUUCAACCAAACUUGGCACAGAGUAAUCUUUGGUGAAGGGGUUUUAAGCUCAUUUAAAUGAGGUGCCAUUCCCCUUUCCAAAAAGCUAAUUAGGGUGGAGUAAGGCCAAAAAAAAAUCAAUAGGUUCCCAGACCCCACUGCAUCCGAAUGAAAGCUACCGCAUUUUUAAAAUAUUUAUGUUAAUGAGGUAAGUCUUUAUCUUAUAGAUAUUUAUGUAAAACUUUUAAGAGGUUUUAACAAGAUUGUAAGUAUCUUUUGUUCAAAUAAUUAUUGAAUACAUUCAAUUAUGUGGAAGUGUUUAAGAAUAAUAGAAUACAUUUAAUAGUAAGUACUGUAAAGCAAUUUCUUAUGAAAAUAAAAAUUCUAUAUUCCAUUGCUUAUUCUAUAUAUAUAUGAGAAAGAAAAGUAACUCAUUCUACAAUCAAUAUUAAAAAGAAAUAUAGCUCAUGCUAUAGCCAAAUGAACUUUAAAAAAAAAAAGCCUGCCUGCUUCAUCAAAAUUUGAAAUUUUGGUAUGGGAAACUAUUUAUUAAUUUUUGGGGUCUAAUUUGAACAUUUUAUUAAAAACCACUGGGCUAGAAAAGAUCAAACUUUUGUGAAAGUUCUUGACAUAGUGAAGUUUCAAGUUUAUACAAAUCAUGGCCCCCAGGGGUAGGUUGGGGCAACAAUAGGGGAUUAAAGGUUUACAUGGGGAUAUAUAGGAAAAUCUUUCAAAAUCUUCUCAAGAACAGCAGGAUCAUGAUUAGUAAUAUCAAUAUGCAAGCAUCCGCAGGCAGUAGAGAUUCAAAUUUCUUCAAAUCAUGGCUGCAAAGGAUAAGGUCACAAUAGGGAAACUUAAGUUUUAUAGGGGGAUAUAAUGGGGAAAACUUUAAAAACUCUUUUUCUAAAGAGUAACAGUGCCAUGAUUAGUCAUAUUGAUAUACAAGCAUUGACAGUUAGUGCAGAUUCAGAUUUAUUCAAUUUGUGAUUUCCAGGGGUAGGAUGGGGCCUCAAUAAGGGGUCAAAGUUUCAUGGAAUUAUAUAGUAAAAGGUCAUUUUCUGUCAUCAUUCUCCUUAUAAACUUUUCACAUUUCAUUUCCUUUUCCAGAACCACAAGGCCAAUUUCAACCAAACUUGGCACAAAGUAAUCUUUGGUGAAGGGGUUUCAAGUUCGUUCAAAUGAAGUGUCAUCGCCCUUCCAAGGGAAGAUAGUCUGACUCAAGAAAAAGCAAAAAUAGAGUGGAGUCAUUUAAAAAUCUUAUUAAGAACCAUUGGGCGAGAAAAAAAUACUUAUUUGAAAGUUCCUGAAAAAGUGAAGUUUCAAGUUUGUACAAAUCAUGGCCCCCAGGGGUAGGUUGGGGCAACAAUAGGGGAUUAAAGGUUUAUAUGGGGAUAAAUAGGGAAAUCUUUCAAAAUCUUCUCAAGAAUAGAAGGGCCAUGAUUAGUCAUAUUAGUAUGCAAGCAUCCUCAGGAAGUAUAGAUUCAAAUUUCUUCCAAACAUGGCUGCAAAGGGUAGGUGGGGCCACGAUAGGAAAACAAAUAGGGGAAUAUUUAGGGGAAGCACUUUAAAAACUUUUUUUCUAGAGAGUAACAGUGCCAUGAUUAGUCAUAUUAAUAUACAAGCAUUGAUAGUUAGUUCAGAUUUAUUCAAUUUGUGACUCCAAGGGGUAGGAUCGGGCCUCAAUAAGGGGUCAAAGUUUCAUGGGAUUAUAUAGUAAAAGGUCUUAUAAAAGUUUUCUUCUCAUGAACAGCCAGGCCAUGAUUACUCAUGUUGACAGACAUGCAUCCCCAGGUAGUGUAGAUUCAAGUUGACUGAAGCAAUGAUCCCUGGUUUAGAUGGGGCCACAAAGAGGGGUAACAUUCUUAAAAAUGUUAUUCUCAAGACCAACAGGACUAUAAUUAAUCAUCCUGAUACAAAAACAUCAGGUAGUGCAGAUUCAAGUUGAUUUUAAUCAUGGCCUUGGGGAUGAGGGGUGAAAGAUUUUUAAGUUAUGAUGUUAAUAUUCUUUUCGGUAUUGAACAGAUAUCGGCUUUUCUUUGUGGUCAGCGAAAUGCUCAGGUGAGCGAUGUGGCCCAUGGGCCUCUGGUUCAUUUUGUUUUUACUCCCUAAGAAAUUGCCAUACAAGAUCUCUGAUUGAUCAGCUAUAUGGGUUCUGCAUGAUAAUAAGACAUUAACCAAUUAACUUCAAAUAAAAACGUCUCCAUAUGAGUGAAAAAUUCUCGAGCGAGACGUUGAGCAAGAUACAAUCAAACAAUCAAAUAAUAAAGUGAAGACUUGACAAAUUUCUACAGCAUGGCCUGUUUAAGGACAGCAGUUUUCUCAUUUUGAUAAACUAAAAUAUUGAAUAAGAUUGUUUUUCUGUUACAUGUAUUGUUUUGUUGAGAUAACUUUUCAUUUAUUUUUUAUAGUAUUUGUAGCUUAGUAAAGGCAGACCAAGACAUGUAUGCAAGAAUAGAUUUUCUUGCUUGUUUGUUUUUUCUCUGCAUCGCCAUUUUAUGUUGACGUUGCAAGUAAAUGAUAAAUCACUAGGGACCACAAUUUUCCCCCACACAUCACUACUUCUGUUUAGUGACAUACUAUUGCCCAUCAACAGUAUUGUUGUUUGAUGUAGUUCCAAUUUGAUGCAGCAUAUGGGAGUAGUGAACAUGUACAUGCAGGAUAAAAAAAAUGAAAACCUCGUUCAUUUAUGUAAUCAUUAUUUUCACACACAGGUUUAUACUCCAAGGCAACAUGUCUUCAUUCAUAAGAUCAUGCACAACAUUUCUGACAUUUUUUAUAUAAUUAUUUUUUCAUCUCCUUGAUAUGAAGAGUUCUUGUAUGAUUUCUGAAAUAAGUUUUAUAUUGUAGUGAUAUUACCAUACUUUGUAUAUUGGCCUGGUAAGCUCAGUGGUUUAGACCACCUAACUAGUAAUGCAAGGGUCCUGGGUUCAAAGCAUGAAUGAUCCAAAGAUUUUUCGCCCAUUCUUUGCUACAACUACGGUGUACUUAAUCGAUGUUUAUAGAAACAAACUUUUAUAAUACUAUUACACAAGAGCUGAUUUUAAAUUUUUACUUGCCACAACCAGGAACUGGCAAAAUAUGCAAACUCUAAAACAAGCCUGGUAAUAUUCCCCAAGUAUUUUUGUAGAAACAAAUUAGGAUGCAAGUGAACUAUACAAGAAAUUUUACAAAAAAAUUAUAGAUUAUUGAGAAACGUCGUGCAUGUCCAAUAACCAAUGGUGUUAAUAAUAAGUCUCGUCAUCCACAAAUUUUGUGCUUGUUAGUGCAAUAUUAAAUGACUGUUUGUUGUGAUGUUUGUUUUUCGUUUUUGUAUGUAUGAUUAAACUUUGUUACAAGA